CAGCCUUUUGUGAUGCCUCAGUGUGGCAGUGCCCGUCCACACUCAUACCCACACCCACACCCAGACUCACACUCUUCCCAGCUCUACAAGUUGACACACUUCAAAAGGGCAUCCCUGCCUUCCUCCUGGGUAUCUCCUAGUCCAUCUGGGCUUCUCUUCCAAUUGGGACCCCCAACCAAAACUCUCUUGGGGACUUCAGGCAGGGGGAGGCCGUGUGAUGCCAGCCCUGUGAGGCAGGCAGGCAGGCAGGCAGGGUCACCAAUGUCUGCUUGUUAAUGUUGCAUUCAUACGAAAGUUGCAGCCUCAGAUCUUGCAAGACUGGCUGGACUUCCUGCCUUCCUCUUCAGCCUGGCCUGAGUUGUUCUGUGGCUGGAUUCGGGUCUCUUUCUCUGACCCGACUUGCCUGGGCAGCGGCUCUGACUGGCCCUUCAGCCCCUUUCAGGGGGCAGCUGGAGACCUUGUGCAGGGCAGGCCUUUUUGUGGAUGGGCUGAAGCCCCAAAGGAGCUGUGGGGCAUCCUUGAUUUAACCACAGCCACAAGCAUGGCUUACACCCCUUACUCCCUCUCUGCCCUUUGGGGACUUUGCUGGGAUCUCCCCCCCCCAAUGCAAUCCGAAGCAUCUCUGGGGCAGUAAACAGGUGCAAGACCAUUCUAAUUGGGGGGCACACCCAUUAUGUAAGGGAUGCCUUUCACUCCCAGCCAGAACUUCCCUCCUCUUCCUCAUUUCUCCCAUCACCUGGCAUCCCUCAGUUUCCCCUUUGUAAACAUGAAGAAGUGAAAAGGAUGGAGAAUUUAUUAAAGGUUUUAGGAGCAACGAUCCCAGUGGAUCGAUAAGACCUCAGAUUCCCUUUAGGAUCUCAGAUGCUGCUCAGCGAACAGUCCUUGAAAGUCUUGCAAUUUGGAAAUAAGAGGAACCAGCCAUGAUCUGCUUUUGAAUGGGUGAACUUCCUUGCUUUUCUUGCAGACAUUUCAUUGGCUAUCUUGGGAAUGAAACCUGUGCAAGAAUAAAAGCAGGCUCAAAGGACCUAACAAUGCAACCUACACUAUGAAAAAUUAGAUGUCUCUGAAAGCAACCAGAAGUUCAGCUGAAGUAGCUGAAACACACCUCACUGUUUAGCAGAGCUGUCCAUCCAGUCCAGUGGUGGGUUGUUCCCUGUUCGCCCCAGUUCUGGUGAAUCAGUAGUGGCGGCGGUGGGAGGCUCCGUCCACCCACCCAGACGUCAUUGAAAAAGCUCUGCGCAUGCGCAGAAGCACCAUGCGCUCGCAAAGCAAACCGGUAACACCAGGAUUUGAAUCUCACUACUGAUCCAGUCCAUCUUCUCUCAGGGCGGAAAAAUACACAUAUUACAUUCAGUCAUGCCCCCCCUCCUCACUCUUGGAGGGAGGGGACUUUCUCUAUUUUUAGACAGGCUGAAGCGUUAAAUGUUGGAGUAGGAUCAGGCAAGUAGAGGUCAUGGGGCACUUUCAGCCAUGUCGUUUCCGUAAAUGACUGGCUCAAUCGUUCUCAAUCGAUUUUGUAUGGAUGGAAAAAUUGCAGGAAGAUGAUGUGAAACCUGAAUGAUGUUAGGUCUUCACAGAGGGUGCAUUUCAGCUUCCGUUUGAGCAUGGACGAUGGAAUAAUUGUGCAUGAUGCAAUGGAAGUUCAACAUUUCCUUGUAAAUCAAGUAACAAUGGAGGCAUUGGGUUUGGGCAAUGAAGCCUGCGGAUUAAGAUAUUAAAAUGUGCCAGUGGAGCUGAAUAAAGUCACUUAGAAGAACAGCAAGGACCAGAAGAGCUGAAGGGCAACCAAGGAGAUGCGUCUCUUUUUAAUCUUUGCUUUGACUUUUGCUCUUUCUGCACAGCAGGAUAACAAGAAUGACGCUGAUGCAGAGUCUAUGGAAAAUGGCAGAGAAAUUAUGAAAAAAGUUAUAAGUGGAAUUGAUGGGAACACUCUAACAAAAUUAAUGGUAUCUUUGAAUGAUGACGAUUUGGACAAAUUAACAGAAUGUAUCCAGAGUGUUUGUGAAAUGAAUGAUUUUGUGGACCUCAUGCAGAAGAUAUUAUCUGUUUUUAGGAGAAAAAUUCAGGAUGAUAUUCUGAUAUAUCAAUUGAUGAAAAGUGGCAGUGAAAUGAUGAAAAAAGCUAUGAAUGGAAUUGGUGAGGAAAUGCUAACAAAAGUAAUGGAAUCUUUGAAUGAUGACGAUCUUGACAAAUUAACAGAAUGUAUACAAAGCGAUUGCGAAGUGGAUGAUUUCCUGGACCUCAUGCAGAAGGUUUUAAAUGUUCUUAAGGGAAUAUCGCAUGGUGAAAAAGCGAUAUAUCAAUUGAUGAAGGCAUUCAUCAAACAAGGUCCUCUGGCUGAAUUGGAAAGUAUAUUCUCCAAUAGUGACAAAAUGGCUCUCCCUUACCAUCAACCUGUCUCUGGUGGACUCCAUGCUGGGAUGUCUAUAUAUGUGCAAGGCACGGUGCCCAAAGACAGCAAGAGAUUCCGGGUGGACUUUGCCCGUAGCCAGGGAAAACAGGCCGACAUUCUCCUGCACAUGAGUCCUCGCAUUAAUGAGGAGAAAAUUAUGCUUGCCACGUUUCUGAAUAGGAGGUGGGGAAAUGGAGAGACACACAAGAUGUCCUUGCAAAAGAGCGAGCAUUUCGAGAUGAUCUUCUUUGUCAAUGGGGCUGGUUACCAGAUCCUGGUGAACGGGAGCCUCUUAUGCACCUUCAAGCACAAAAUGCACCCACAACGUGUGCGGGACAUUCGUGUGGAUGGAGAACUGAAGCUUCAAUUUCUGACUGUGAUGGGAGGACAAAUGAUGGGCAACUUGGCUCUCCCUUACUAUCAUUCUGUCCCUGGUGGACUCCAACCUGGGACGUCUGUAUAUAUGCAAGGCAUAGUGCGCAAAAAUGCCAAAAGAUUCCGGGUGGAUUUUACCUGUAGCAAGCGUAAGACGGCUGACAUUCCCUUCCAUUUCAACCCUCGCUUUGAAUAUGAGAAAUUUGUGCUCAACUCGUUUCAGGCCAGUAGGUGGGGCGAUGAAAAAAGUUGCAAGAUGCUCUUGCAGAAGGGCGAGUAUUUCGAGGUCAUCUUCGUAGUCACAGAGGCCGAAUACCAGAUAAUCGUGAACAAGAAGCCCGUUUGCAGCUUCCAGCACAGAAUGCCACCAGAAAGAGUGCAAGGCAUUGAGGUUGAGGGAGACCUGGAGCUGCAAUCCCUAACCAUGAUGGGAGGCUCAGUAAUGGAGAACACAACUCUCCCUUAUUAUCAACAUGUCCCUGGUGGACUCCAUCCGAGGAUGUAUGUAUAUAUGCAAGGCGCAGUGCCCGAACCCAGCAACAGCUCCUGGGUGAACUUCAAUGUGGACUUUGCAUGUGGCCAGCAUAAGGGAGCUGAUGUUCUCUUCCACUUCAACCCUCACUUUAAUGGGGGCAACGUUGUACUCAACACACUUCAGGCUGGCAGGUGGGGAAAGGAAGAGAAACACCAGAAUCCCUUCCGAAGGGGCGAGCAUUUUGAGGCCAUCUUCAUGGUCACUGAGGCUGGAUACCAGAUCCUGGUGAACGGAAACCACUUAUGCAGCUUCAGGCACAGAAUGCCACCAGAAAGUGUGCAGGGCAUCUGUGCCAAUGGAGACCUGAAGCUGCAAUCUCUGAUGGUGAUGAGAGAACCAACGAUGGGGAACAUGGCUCUCCCUUACCAUCAUUCUGUCCCUGGUGGACUCCGUCCUGGGAUGGCUGUGUACUUGCAAGGCACAGUGCUCAAACACAUCAAAAGUUUCUGGGUGACCUUCCAGGUGGAGUUUGCUUGUGGCCAGCAUAAGGAGGCUGACAUUCCCUUCCACUUGAAGCCUCAGUUUAUUGUGGACAAAGUUUUGCUCAACACAUUUCAGUCUGGCAAGUGGGGAAAGGAAAAGAAACACAAGAAUCCCUUCCGAAAGGGCGAGCCUUUUGAGAUCAUCUUCGUUGUCACAGAGGCGGGAUACCAGAUCCUGGUGAACGGGAGCCUCUUCUGUACUUACAAGCACAUAAUUCCACCACAAAGCAUACAGGUCAUCAGUGCCAGUGGACACCUGGAGCUGCAGUCUCUGAUUGUGAUGGGAAGACCAGUGAUGGAGAACACAAUGAUGACAAACCCUGCCUUCUACUCCCCACCGGUGCCCUACACAGGCAACAUCCCUGGAGGUCUGGGAGCCAACAAGACCAUCACAAUGCGAGGAUCUAUUCCAAAGAAUGCUACCAGAUUUGAAAUCAGUCUUAUGGCUGGCCAAGAACUUGCUCUAAACAUUAAUCCACGUAUGCAGCCAUGGAGAUGUGUGGCGCGCAACAGUUUACUGAAUAAUCAGUGGGGAACUGAGGAAAACAACCUGCCCUUUAACCCUUUCCAACCUGGGAAGCACUUUGAGCAAAGAGCUUGGGUAGCUGGCUGAUGAGAAGGCAGUCAGGCAGUCAGAAGUGGAGAGAAGAUCCAGCUGGUGUCUUCCAGAGGUGUAAGACUCCAUCUCCCAUAAUUCCCAGCUAACACAGCUUUGAGGAAUUGAAAUCUGAACCUCUGGAUUUUAUUUAAAUAGCAUAUUGCAUCUACAGAGGUCAUUCAAUCACUGAUGUACAAACAUACAUUUAAAUAAAACAUUAGCAUCAGUGGGGGGUUGCCCCCGGUUCGGUCCGGUUCUAUUGAACCAGUAGUAAAACCGCCCACCUACCACAACAUCAUCAUGGGAGAUCUGUGCAUGCGCAGAAGCUUCUGUGUAUGCACGCACAUGCUCCCAUUGUAAAUCAGUAGUAAAGGUAAGUAGAACCUACCCGUGAUUAGCAUAUAUAUAUAUAUGUGUGUGUGUAAUGUAUAUGUAAAUGUAUAGGUAUACACACGUUAUGUGGAUGAUAUAAUACAUGAGAUAAAAUAUUAAAUUAAGAUAAACAUAAUAAAAUCAUCAUAAUAUGGUGCCAUAGAGUUGCAAGAUGCUAAGUAUAAAUGAGCCUCUGGAAGGCUGGUGGAACAAAUACCGCCGCUGGUGGACAAGAGUCAAACUGACUCACCAGAAGGCCAUUCAGAAUCACGUUCUUAGCUCCCUCCUGGGAAAUUGUCUUUGCAUUGCCCUUGAGGGUUUUUCGGUGGUGUGUGUGUGUCAGUGGUGGCAGUGGUGGGUUACCCCCGGUUCACACCAGUUCUAUAGAACCGGUAGUAAAACCGGGGGAGGCUCCACCCACUGACCCUGAUGUCAUCAAAACGCUUCUGCGCUUGUGCAGAAGAGUGCACGCGCAUGUGGCCCUGUUGCAAACCGGUAGUAAAGGUAAGUAGAACCCACCCCUGAGUGGUGGGUUGCCUCCAGUUCGCCCUAGAUCGGGCAAACUGGUAGAGGCAACAGCGAGAGGCUCUACCCACCUGCCCGGAUGUCUCUGCGCAUGCGCAGAAGUGUUGUGCGUGUGCGCGAGCGCACAUGCACCCCCGAGCAAAACGGUAACGGCCUAAAUUGAAAUCCACUACUGGUGUGUGUGUGAGAAAAUAGUGUGGCACUUGCGUUCUCCCAAUGAAGCCUCACUCCUUAUGAAUGGGCCGUGCUUUUUUGAUUUUGAGAUUUUGGACUAUGGCUCAAAUUCAAAUUCAAACCUUUAUUGUCAGAGUACAACAUAUGUACUAUGAGAUUGGCUGAGCCUCCCUUCGUGCACCCCCCCAACACAAUACAAUUCACAGUGAAAAACAAAAAAAACCCACAAAUCCCUAGCCCAGUGAAUCCUGCUAACAAUUACCCAAUUCUAUUGCACCAUGUGAACUUAUUGCAUGUCGUACUAUGUUGCUGUAGUAGUUAUUUUUCAUUCAGGAGCCUGACAGCCCACGGAUAAAAACUGUUCUUCAGCCUGUUUGGGUGGCUGCCUAUGCUUCCAUAUCUCCUUCCCAAUGGAAGGAGAAUAAAGAGGUAGCUGACCAGGGUGUGAGUAAUCCCUGAAGAUUUUCCUCACUCUUCUAGGAGGACCAGAGGUGUUCCAGAUGUGCUGAUUUGCAACACUAACCUCCUUCCUGUCUUCCCAGCUCUCGAUCCGUUGUGACAACUACAAGUUCAAGGUUUAUACCAACGGCCAUCACUUGUUCGACUUCACCUAUCGCUAUGUCCCUAUCAAAAACA